CUAAUCAUCUGUGUUCAUUUUGUUUUCUGCGGUGUUUGGAACUCCCACUAUCGAAAAUGGAUUCUAGGAUAUUUUCACCUGGUGAUGACGGUGGUGCCAUAGAGUAUCACGAGCUCUUAAACAUUGAGCGCGCUGCUUGUAAUGGGAAUGCGAAUGAAUUUCAGCAUGAGGAUAGCCAGGGUCAGGAGCACUGGGGGCGUGUUUCUGCUUCAUCUUGUAUUCAAUGGAGCGAGGCAGCGAGGGAAGGGAGGGUCAGUUCGAUGAGGGAACUGUUGAUUCGUUACCCUGAGUCUGUGAUGGAUGUCACGCCAAUGACUAGAGAGACACCGCUUCACCUUGCAGUGAGGCACGGUCACUGUGAUGUUGUCAGGUGGUUGGUGGAGACGCUUAGACGGACAACCUGUUACAGAGAUGUCAUUAAUAGGAAGGAUUGCGGCGGCGAUACAGUUUUGCAUCUUGCAACCUGCAGGAAACAACUUCCAACCCUAAAACUAAUGCUGGAAGAUAGUCCUACUCAUAGUGGCAUGGUUGAGGUAAAUGCCAAAAACAAUGGAGGCUUUACAGCACUGGACAUCUUGGAAGCCAUACCAGAAAAUGAGGAGGUUGAUGUGGCGAUAAAAGAAAUUCUUGUAAGAGCAGGAGCUUCGAGAGGCAGGGACAUAGCUGACAGUAGCAACCAUGAGGUUUAUAUUGAAGUUGGGAAGCAGUGGCAGCGCUUAUUCCCGAAACAAGCAACCAGGUCAGAAUUCCUUAUCAGUAAGUAUCAUGGGUUGUUAAUUACAUCGACUCUGUUGGCAACUCUCACUUUCCAUGCUGCAUUAAGACCUCCCACAGUUAUGUCAGAAGUUUUUCAUAAUGAGUCUAGCAGGACCUUCCCAUUGGAGAAACAAGAUGCAGAAAUCAAUCAUCUUUUCAUUUUGUUUAAUUCAAUCGCCUUUUUCACUUCAAUGGCAUUGAUUACACUCCUCACACAUGAACUUCCUCUCAUGCCUUGGCUCCUAAUUUCUGUAACUUCAACAAUUGGAGCUUACAUGUGUUCAAUAAUGGCUGUAUCACCUCAUGAAGUUGUCACAGUUUUCUUCAUAGGAAGUUGCAUAUUGUUAGCUGCCUUCUUGAAAUGUCUGGCCUUGGACAAGAUGGUGCUUGAUUUUAUGCAAUGGAUAUGCAGUAGAAUUGAACUAACAUAGAAAUGUUAGUUCUACAAAGGGCCUCUUACCCUCCUCUGCAGCCAUUUCUCAUAAAGUGCGCUAGCACUUUGUGAAUAAUUAACAAUAUCAUGCGUAUUAUUUUGAAAUAAAGUAAUUUGUAAUAACCCAUGGACAUGAGCUCAUGGUUACAAACAAUCUAUAAAUGUGUUGUAUUGCUUGUUAUCUUAUUUGUAGCUUAUCUAUA